CUACAGACAAGGUUGCAGAAAAGCUGAGUUCUACUCUCUCAUGGAUGAAGAGCACAGUCUCGCAUACAGUCAGUCAGAUGGCCAGUCAGGUGGCAAGCCCCGUCUGCCCCUACAACACUACAUCCUCAUCUACCACACUGUCAACACCGGCACUGUCACCUUCUUCCCCAUCAAAGUUGAGUCCAGACGACUUAGAACUCCUGGCUAAGCUGGAGGAACAAAUCGGUGAACUGAUAGAGACUGAUAGCAAGUCUUUAAGAUCUGUAAAUGGGUCAAGAAGAAACAGUGGCUCCUCUCUUGUGUCAAGUUCCUCAGCCUCCAGCAACCUCAGUCACCUGGAAGAAGACUCUUGGAUUCUUUGGGGAAGAAUUGUAAAUGAAUGGGAUGAUGUGCGCAAGAAGAAAGAAAAGCAAGUGAAGGUAUUUGUACUGGAGCUGGUUCGUAAAGGGAUACCCCACCACUUCAGAGCAAUAGUUUGGCAACUUUUAUGUGAUGCACAGAGUAUGCCAAUUAAGGACCAGUAUUCAGAACUUCUGAAGAUGACUUCACCUUGUGAAAAAUUGAUUCGAAGAGACAUUGCUAGAACUUACCCAGAACACAAUUUUUUUAAGGAAAAAGAUAGUCUUGGACAGGAGGUCUUAUUUAAUGUAAUGAAGGCAUACUCCUUGGUGGAUCGUGAGGUUGGUUACUGUCAAGGCAGUGCAUUUAUAGUUGGAUUGUUGCUUAUGCAGAUGCCAGAAGAGGAGGCUUUUUGUGUCUUUGUUAAAUUAAUGCAAGACUACAGACUUCGGGAACUCUUUAAACCAAGCAUGGCAGAAUUGGGCCUUUGCAUGUACCAGUUUGAAUGCAUGAUACAGGAGCACCUUCCAGAGCUCUUUGUACAUUUUCAAUCUCAGAGUUUCCACACAUCAAUGUAUGCAUCAUCCUGGUUUCUGACUAUCUUCCUUACAACCUUCCCACUACCCAUUGCAACAAGGGUAUUUGAUAUCUUUAUGUCUGAGGGUUUAGAAAUUGUGUUUCGAGUAGGAUUAGCACUUCUUCAAAUGAAUCAGGCAGAUUUAAUGCAACUUGACAUGGAAGGAAUGUUACAGCAUUUUCAGAAGGUCAUUCCACAUCAGUUUGAUGGUGGCCCAGACAAAUUAAUUCAGUCAGCUUACCAAGUCAAGUACAACUCAAAAAAAAUGAAAAAACUUGAAAAAGAAUACACUACAAUAAAGACAAAAGAAAUGGAGGAGCAAGUUGAAAUUAAAAGGUUACGCACAGAAAAUAGGCUUUUAAAACAGCGCAUUGAAACAUUAGAAAAAGAAAGUGCUUCCUUGGCAGAUAGAUUGAUACAGGGACAAGUGACAAGAGCCCAGGAGGCUGAGGAAAACUACCUCAUAAGACGGGAGUUGGCCACCAUCAGACAGCAGAGUGAUGAGGCCAGCGCUAAGCUGGAGCAGGCUGAAAGCACCAUCAGGGAGCUCCGGCACCGGCAUCACGGGCAUAAAUGCAGCUCCACCUACAGUGAAGAGUUUGUGCUGCAGCUGGAAAAGGAAUUGGUCCAAGCCAGACUGAGCGAGGCUGAGUCUCAGUGUGCACUGAAGGAGAUGCAGGAUAAGGUGUUGGAUAUAGAGAAGAAGAACAACUCAUUCCCUGAUGAGAAUAACAUCGCAAGGCUUCAGGAGGAGCUCAUCGCUGUGAAACUGAGAGAAGCUGAAGCCAUUGUGGGUUUGAAGGAACUCCGACAGCAAGUCAGAGAUCUAGAAGAACACUGGCAACGUCAUUUAGCUCGAACUUCUGGAAGAUGGAAAGAUCCACUCAAGAAAAAUACUGUGAAUGAGUUACAGGAUGAGCUGAUGAGCAUUCGCCUUAGGGAAGCAGAAACACAGGCAGAAAUAAGGGAAAUGAAGCAACGGAUGAUGGAGAUGGAGACACAGAACCAGAUCAAUAGUAACCAACUUCGGAGAGCAGAACAAGAGGUGACCAGUCUGCAGGAGAAGGUACAUUCUCUUUCUGUGAAGAACAAAGGAUUGCUUACCCAGUUAAGUGAGGCAAAGCGCAGGCAGGCAGAGAUUGAAUGCAAGAACAAGGAGGAAGUCAUGGCUGUGAGACUCCGGGAAGCUGAUAGCAUAGCCGCUGUGGCUGAACUGCAGCAGCACAUUGCUGAGCUUGAAAUCCAGAAAGAAGAGGGCAAGCUGCAAGGACAGCUGAACAGGUCCGACUGUAACCAGUAUGUUAGGGGACUGAAGGACCAGAUAGCAGAGCUGACUCAUGAGCUCAGGUGCCUAAAAGGCCAGAGGAACUUCUCCAGCCAGCCACCUUUUGAUGGAAUCCACAUCGUCAGCCAUUUGAUAGGAGAUGAUGACUCGUUCCACUCAUCAGAUGAAGAUUUUAUAGAUAGUUCCUUACAGGAAAGUGGCCUUGCUUUUCCUUUGCACAGAAAACCUGGCUCUACAUCUCUGAAUCCUGCGUUGGCAGAUGGUAGUGAGAGUGAAACAGAAGAUGGCUUACUAGUAACUCAAAGGAGUGGGGCUCCAAAGGAACAGCCCCCACAAAGAGAGCCCUAUUCAACUACUGUCUGACCAACUGCCAGUCACUGUGACAGCCUGGAGGGCCUUAGGGCAGCAGUCACAUGAAGAGAGUUUGGGGGCCAUCCCUCUGUCCUGUGUACAUAUAUGUCUGAUUUUUAUAGCCUCAUAUGACUGUCUUUGCCAAAUGUUUGUUGAAUUUCCAUUGCCAUGGUAGACUGGAAUAUGCUAAUUGGUAAAUGGGGUUCUAACAGUAUUACAAAAUAUUAAUUUUUCUUAUUUAGAAAAUACUACUAUGUCUAAAUGUAAGAACCAUUUUAAAAUUCAGGACUAUGGGAAAUUGGAUUUUCUUUAAACAAAACUGCUCUUGUGCAAUAUUUUAUCCUCAUUGAACAAACUGUACAUUUGUGUUUAUCAAUUUGUUUCCAAGGUGGCUGCUGUCUCUAGACAUUUGACCAAAACAUAGAGGUGAUUUAACUUGUGUUUUGAGGAUAAUUUUUUCUUCCCUAAAAUUUCAGCAGGUCAUUGAAGAUUGUCAAACACAAACAACUUUUUUUUCUGUAUAAUUUCUAAAUUAUUGUCUGCUCUGAAAGGUUUUUUGUUUCAGUUUUUAAAUUUUAUGUGUAUCAUACUUGUGUGUGUUAGUCAGAAUAGUAGCAGGUUAACUGCAGAUGUAUUUUCUGUACAUACUUAUAAAUCUCUGUCACCCAGCAUUGACAUCCUCUUACAUGAGGAACAUUGACAGUGACUGCUUUCAGCAUUCCAACAGGACUUCUGUAAAUAGCAGGUUAAAAGAAAACUAAACUCAGACCAGACACUACUGUUGUAGCUGCUGUAGUAACCUUUACUCAGCACUCCACACUUGCAGUCUCAUGACCGAUCUCUGUUCAGACACUACUGGCAAAGCCCUUUAUUCCAUCUGUGACCAAU